AAAAAAAAAAAAAAAAGACACACACACAAAUCAUACUCCCCCCGUUCUUGUUCUUCAUCAAACCCUACCUCCCCUGAAACCGUAGGAGAGAGAAUCCACCAUCAACAAUGAAGCUCGUACGUUCCUCCGACUCCAUGGAAAUCCAAGGGAUCGACAUAAAGGUCGACGCCAAGAUCAUCGUCGUUUCAGGUCCAAGGGGUACUCUCUCCCGCAACUUCAAGCAUCUCAACCUGGAUUUCGAGCUUGUUACUGAUGAAGAAGGGAAGAAGAAGUUGAACAUUGAUUCUUGGUUUGGAACCAGGAAGACCUCCGCUUCCAUCCGUACUGCUAUCUCUCACAUUGAGAAUCUUAUUACUGGUGUUACCAAGGGUUACCGCUACAAAAUGAGGAUGGUGUACGCUCAUUUUCCCAUCAAUGCUAGUAUUACUAACUCUAACAAGAGCAUUGAGAUCCGUAACUUUCUUGGCGAGAAGAGGGUAAGGAAGGUUGAUAUGUUGGAGGGAGUUUCAAUAUUGAGAUCCGAGAAGGUCAAGGAUGAGCUCGUCUUAGACGGAAGUGAUAUCGAGCUUGUUUCUCGAUCUGCUGCCCUAAUUAACCAGAAAUGCCAUGUCAAGAAUAAGGAUAUCAGGAAGUUUCUUGACGGUAUCUAUGUCAGUGAGAAGGGAAGGAUCGUUGAAGAGGAGUAAGCUAUAUGAUGAAUUGAUGAGGCAUUAGAACAGGAUUUGAUAGAUUUUAUGUUUCCAUGUUACAAUUUCUUAUACUGCCCACAAAUUCUUAUUUACAAGUGGUACACCGGAUUAAAAGUUGACUCAAAAUGCUUAAAAGUUAUGUUUAUAUAUGUAAAAGUUAUUUUUUUUUA